AUGACGGACGUCUUGACGAGCGAUGCGCCGCGCGCGCAGGGCCUGCGCGCGUAUUACGACGCGAAGAUCGAACAGCUCGAGGUGGCGCUCAGGGACAAGACGAUGAAUCUUCGACGUUUGGAGGCGCAGAGGAACGCGCUGAACGGACGAGUGAGGUCGUUGCGAGAGGAGUUACACAUGCUUCAGGAACCGGGAUCGUACGUUGGAGAGGUCGUCAAGGUGAUGGGGAAGAAGAAGGUGUUGGUCAAGGUGCAUCCGGAGGGUAAAUACGUAUGUGACAUGGAUAAGAGCAUCGAUGUGACGAAGCUCACGCCGGGGACGCGGGUGGCGCUGCGGAACGAUUCGUACACGCUACACGUGAUCUUGCCGUCGAACAUUGACCCGUUGGUGUCGCUCAUGAAAGUGGAGAAGGUUCCGGACUCGACGUUCGACAUGAUCGGUGGUCUGGAUCAGCAGGUGAAGGAGAUCAAGGAGGUGGUGGAGCUCCCUAUCAAACACCCGGAGCUGUUCGAUUCGCUCGGCAUCGCGCAGCCAAAGGGGGUGAUUCUGUACGGGCCCCCAGGAACGGGGAAGACACUCCUGGCUCGAGCCGUGGCGCACCAUACCGAUUGUUGUUUCAUUCGCGUGUCCGGAUCGGAAUUAGUUCAAAAGUACAUAGGGGAAGGGGCACGGAUGGUACGCGAACUGUUCGUCAUGGCUCGCGAACACGCGCCGAGCAUCCUAUUCAUGGACGAAGUUGAUUCCAUCGGGAGCGCGCGUGAUUCUGGUGGCGGAGGCGGUGGGGGUGACAGCGAAGUCCAACGCACGAUGCUCGAGCUUUUGAACCAACUCGACGGUUUCGAGGCGACGAACCAGAUCAAGGUGAUCAUGGCGACGAAUCGGCUGGACAUUCUCGAUCAAGCGUUACUUCGUCCGGGUCGCAUCGAUCGUAAAAUCGAGUUCCCUAACCCAUCUGAGGAAAGUAGAGUGGACAUUCUCAAGAUUCACAGCCGUAAAAUGAACCUUGUGCGUGGUAUUGAUCUCAAGAAGAUCGCGAGCAAGAUGGGCGGCGCCUCGGGAGCGGAGUCGAAGGCUGUGUGCACGGAGGCGGGUAUGUUCGCCCUUCGCGAGCGGCGCGUGCACGUCACUCAAGAAGACUUCGAAAUGGCCGUUUCCAAGGUAAUGAAGAAGGAUAGCGAGAAGAAUAUCAGCAUCAAGAAGCUCUUUUCGUAA